AUGUUGGUCCAAACUUUCAACGGCCUGAAGACUUCACUUUUAAAAAAGGGGACCUAUUCGAGAGCAAGGAAGCAUUUGCUUCGACAAUUUGGUCUUGCACAACAUGUUCCGCAAAUUGUUGAAAAAAUAGAGAGGAAGGCGAAGAAAGGAGGCCAACAAAAGGACUGGGCAGCUGAGCAUCAAAAUUAUAUACACAGAUGGAAUGAUAGACAUUUUUGUAUUGUUGAGCAAAUCGAGCCAACUCCCCAGGAAUCAGAUUACUACACUUGGUAUUGGAGGAUAACUAGAAGAUGGAUACUCCAUGCGACCACAUCCCCGGUUGAGUUGCAAAGAGGAUAUGUGCCUCGGGGUAUAGAUGAGAGAGAAUUAGUAUCAGCAAUAGAUGAUGUUCAAACCAUUGCAAAUAGUGGCUUGGAAUUGGCUCGAGCAGGUACAUAUCCCGAAGCACAGAAACAUGCAUCAAUAUAUCAGUCGAUAAUGCAGAGGCUUCACCAAGCCUUACAUCGAACUCAUGAAGACCUUCAUGAUGGACGAGAAGUAGCGCAAUUAGUAUACACACGUCAACAACGACACAGACGAGGACGACGCAGAAACGACAAUGAAGCUAGGCCUUCCCAACGUGUUGACGAUGGAGCUGGACCGUCACAACCACAAACGCAACCGGAUCAUGAACUCAUCGAAGGUCGGGAUAGAGGAGGCCGAAGACAAAGGAGGAGGAGAAGAGUUCUUGGAUGUAUGUAAGCUAAUUGGUAUUGUUAUAUAAAUUACAAUCCUAUUUUGAUAUGUACAUUACAAACGUAUUUCGGGACAAUAGAUGGUUUUUGGAUUUGUAGCUGA